CUGGAGCAAACCCAGUUUGCAGUGCACAGCUGCGGUGCAGGCUGCAGAGAGACGCACAGAGACGCACGGACCCGGGGCUGCAGAAAACCAGGAUUAUGUCCGCUUUCCAACUCUGAAAACGUGCGUCCUCCACCACCAAUGCGUCCUCCACCUCCGUUUUACCAUAUGCUUGGUUUAAACCUGCCCUGCUAGACUGCUGCUGCUUCUGAUCCAUCCCUCCUCCUGCUCCUCCUGCUCCUCCUCCUCCUCCUCCUCCUCCUCCUCCUCCUCCUGCGCGCUCCCGUCCCGUCUCCAGCAUGGAGAAGACGCUCCACAGUCCGCAUCCCGGGACCAACUCCUCCACCUCCAACUCCUCCUCCUCCUCGGCGUCCUCCAGGAAGCCCAGCGGCCGCAGCGGCUCGCACAGCCCCGGCUCCGGCUCCCUGGGCUCCCUGGGCUCGGCUGGAGCGCCGGGCGGCCGCGCAGACAGGACCGUGCAGGGAAACAGCACGCACAUGCAGCCGCAGCAGACGCGCAGGAGGCGGCUGGAGGGAGCGCUGAGCAAAUACACCAACCUGAUCCAGGGCUGGCAGAACAGGUACUUUGUUUUAGAUCCAGAGCUGGGCCAGCUGCAGUAUUUCGUCAAUGAACAGGGAAAAAGCCAGAAGCCUCGAGGGUCCCUGCCUCUGAUUGGAGCGUCUGUAACCACGAGCGACGAGGCUCCACACAUGUUCAUUGUAAACUCCGUCAAUGGGGAGCUGUACAAACUCAGAGCUGCUGAUGCCAAGGAGCAGCAGUUCUGGAUCAGUCAGCUCCAAGCGUGUGCCAGACGCUACUCUGACAGCAGUGCCAAGGUGAGGAGGCUGAAGGACUCGGAUGAACACCUGAGUGUGGAGAGAGCAGGAGGAGGACCGGAGGGCUCCUCAACCUCCGGUCGGACCCGUAGCUUCUCCCUCCUCCCCCACCUAACUCCAUCCUCAUCCCCGAGUUCCCAGAGGCAUCCGGGCCACACGGCCUCGCCCAGCAACAUCGUCACCAUUACCCACCACAAAUCUCCAGCUGCAGCUCGACGAGCCAAGAAUCAGUGUCCAGGACGCCUGCUGGAGGUCAAGGAGGUGAUGUCCCAAGCAGAGGGCCAGCAGAAGACCCUGGUCCAGUCCAUCGACUCCCUGCCCACCAAAGGUCCUCUGUCCUGUCUGGACCAGGACCUGCUGCUGCUCAAGGCCACGUCGGCCGCCACGCUGAGCUGCCUGGGGGAAUGCCUGAACAUCCUCCAGCAGACUCAGAGCCGCAGCCAGCUGCCGGCCCAGACCCAGCCCUCCCAGCACCACCACGCCGCCCACGGAGCCCCCUUCGAUGGUGUUCCUGUGUGGAGUGUACCAAAGUCCCCCUCGGGGGAGCAGCAGAAGAACGGAGGUCUGACUCCUCUGCGCUCGGCCGAGCCCUCCCCGGCCUUCAGGAGAAGGAGUCUAUCUCGCGGUGCUAAGCACCACCCCGAGCUGGAAGACAUCAGCCCCACGGAGGAGGUGACGGACACGGAGGACAAUGAGGAGGAGGAUCUGGGCGUCCUGGACGACCAGCGGAGCAUCAUCCUCCACCUGCUGUCCCAGCUCAAGCUGGGCAUGGACCUCACACGGGUGGUGUUGCCCACGUUCAUUCUGGAGAAGCGAUCCUUGCUGGAGAUGUACGCCAACUUCAUGGCCCACCCAGACAUGUUCCUGUCCAUCACGGCCGGGGCCACGGCCGAGGACCGGAUAGUCCGCUUUGUGGAAUACUACCUGACCGCCUUCCACGAGGGGCGGAAGGGGGCCGUGGCCAAAAAACCUUACAACCCUGUGUUGGGGGAAACGUUCCACUGCUGCUGGGAAGUCCCGCGGGACAAAGUCAAGCCUCUGGUCAGGUCCAACCAGGGGCCGGCUCGGGAGCCGGGCCGGAGCCCCAACAACACCCAGCAGGCCGACGAUUCCCCCGGAGGCUGCUACAGGGUCCGCUUUGUCGCAGAGCAGGUGUCCCAUCAUCCACCCGUGUCGGGCUUUUACUGCGAGUGUCGGGAGCGGAAGAUGUGCGUCAACGCCCAUGUGUGGACCAAGAGCAAGUUUAUGGGCAUGUCCGUAGGAGUUUCCAUGGUGGGAGAAGGAGUCCUGUAUCUCCUGGAGCAUGACGAGGAGUACGUGUUCACGCUGCCCUCCGCCUACGCCCGCUCCAUCCUCACCGUGCCCUGGGUGGAGCUGGGGGGGAAAGUCUCCAUCAACUGCAUCAAGAGCGGCUACUCGGCCUCCGUCACCUUUCACACGAAGCCUUUCUACGGAGGGAAGGUGCACAGAGUUACAGCAGAAGUGAAACACAACCCGACGAACACCAUCGUGUGCAAAGCGCAGGGCGAGUGGAACGGCACGCUGGAGUUCACCUACAGCAGCGGGGAGACCAAAGUGAUGGACACCAACAAACUCCCCGUCAUCAGGAAGAAGCUGCGUCCCGUGGACAAGCAGGGGAGGACGGAGUCCAGGAGGUUAUGGCAACAUGUGACCAAGUCUCUGAAGGAAGGAAACAUGGACAAGGCCACGGAGCACAAACACCGGCUGGAGGAGUGUCAGAGAGGAGAGGAGAAGCAGAGAGCAGCCGACAACAAGCCCUGGACACCCAGAUACUUCACUAAAGAGGGAGACGGCUGGACCUUCAACAACCCGCUGUGGAAGUCGACCUGACACUGGAACAAACCUCUCUCUCACGGACAAUAAUCCAGAAGUUUGUGUCGUAGCAGGGGGGGGUCUGACCGGAGCAGCAGGAUCCUCCAGACCUUAAGACUCACUUAAGACUCUCAGAGAGGCCGAACGGAGACACAGGAGACGAGCAAGGUGCCAAAGGAACCUCUGUUAGAACCCGGCUCCGCCCAGGGACUCACGGGACUGACGGACAUUUUUAUAGUAUUACUAUUUAAAGUAGAACAUUUGUAUUUUCACUUCGCUAAGGCCUUCUUUUGCACAUGCACAGUAACGACAUUCACCACCUUGUCCUUGUUUUAAUGAUCGGUUUGUGUGUUUGGCUCCGUAGCGUUAGAACAGAGCAGAUAUUCUGUUAUGGGCUGGGCGAUAAAACCAACUCUAUAUUUUAGCAGCACACUGAGAUUCAGACCGGCUCACAACUUCCCCUCAUUGUGUGCAUUUCAGCUCUUUUCUUUCUCCCACCUCGCUCCAUCAACUUGUGUUAAAUUUAGCAGAAUGUUGGGACAAAAACUGGGUAUAGUUUCACAGGAAUAAGCCCUUGUUCUUGCUUCCUCUCCGUCCGGCCUGCAGAGCAGCAGAAGCUCGGCACAUUGUGAUCUAAGAUCCGCAGUUUACACUGUUUCUGUAAACUAUUUUACUUAUAACAGCUGACAUUUUUCAGCAGAUGUUCCAUUGAUCUCCACUUGUUCAGGUAGUUGGAGGAACC